AUGGAAAACGUCGAUGUAUAUACUACAGACACCUCGGUGCUGCAUUAUGAGGACUUCAACCAUCAGAUCAAGCCAAGACGGUCCUCCCUGUCUUUCCGAGUCAUACCGGGAGUACUUGUCUGCCUCGCCCUUGUGUUCAUGCUUCGCUUUUGCUACCGGGUGAUAGUAUCGAGGUCUCUUUACAUUGGUGGCAACAGGCGGUUAGCAUCAGGGGGUGGGACAUCAGGAGAAGGCGAUGAUGAAGGGAAGGGCGAUGAGCAGUGCUCCCCGAUUUCUACGCCAACCGAAGAUGAUGAGACGGAAGCCCUCCAAGCCGCUGCCGCUGCCGCUGCCGCAAUGGAGCGGAUUUCGCUCGCCGAUCAACAAGUAGGGCCCCAGAUACCUUCAGGGGAGCAAGCAUCACCUGGAGCAACCGCAGGUGCCCAAGGGCAUUCUCAUGAACAUGGCGCAGCAGGGAUUGAAGGAGAACCCACGCGCAGUCCCCUGGACGAUGUGAGGGAACAACGAGAAAAGCACUUGAGGGCACUUAAGCAAGUUUCUGAUCUCAUGAAUGAGGGCUUGGCGGCGUUGGGUGCCGAUUGGACUCCGUCCUCCCCUCAUUGGCCAUUCUGCCAGGUUGUGUUUGAUGCUCUAAAGUAUUAUUUAGGCAAGGCAAGUGAUCAUUUCAAUACACACAAUCAGCGUUUCGGUACAAGGGAGCGCCUCAAAUGGUUAAAUAGAGUGCAUGAUGGACGAGACGCAAGCGGCGUUGCGUGGAAUAUUUUGUCUGCAUUUGCAAGUGAAUUUGGCAACGUUGCUCCUCACCCGGAGCAGAUACCAGAUGAACUUGAUUUUCGCGCCUAUUUCUAUGUUAAUAUGCAUGAAGCCUCCUGGAAACUUAAAGAAGCGAUGGAUCGAUACAAAGAAAGAGGGCCCAGGGGUACCCUUGAGGACCUUAAGGCUGCUUUCAAAGAGUGCAGUUAUUGGGUGCGAGACUUCACUGGUAUAAUGUGGAGAGGGCCUCGAAGAAAAGACGAUUUUUUGAUUAAUAAGCUUUUAAGUCUUUCGGUGUCCAUGGAAAAUGAAACUCGGCGAGCAGAGCGGAUAUUGCUGGACGAAGGGCAACUACGUUUGAGAUAA